ACCGACUUGUUUGACAACAUAGUGGAAGUACUGCGUCUGGAAAUUGGAAUAUUGGAAAAGUUUCUUUGAGAAAUCGAAGCAGUAAGGAAGGAAAAAACAAUUCAGUUUCUUCAGAAACUUCAACAUACGUAUCACGUCCAUAUUCAAUAUUUGUGGCGUUUCAAUUUUUGACUAUGAAAAUGCCAGGAAAUCAGUCCACUGACAAUGGUAUCUAUAACUAUGAAGACAACUCCUACUUUUCAGAGAGCAUUGAAAAUAAUGUUGAAGAGUUCAAUACAGCUCCCGAAAAUGAUUUUUCAGAGUACCUUUGGAUGGAAAAUGAGGAAGAGUUUGAUAAAGAGGUAAUGCAGCGAUUAGAAGAGGAAGCAUUAAUGGAACAGUGUAUUGAGGCAUUCAUGAAUGAUGAAACUAACCCUGGAACCCCAACCAACCAACAAAAUGCAACACCUUCACCAGAUAAUGUGGCUCAAAACUCAAAACUUAAUCCUGAAGCUGCUGAGUUUGUUCCUUCUACCAGAAGGGCACCUCAGGAGAUUCCUACCUCAGCAUCCUCUUAAUUAUUUACCGACCUACUGAACGAGAUCUCGCGUACUGUAUAUAAAGAUGUUCUUAUUUCUUUCUCUUGAAGUUAUAUACCUUUGAAUAUGGGGUGAGAUAGAUGGCAAACUGAAUUAUUAUUGAAUCUCUUCUAGUUUACAAUUGUUUAUUUAAUUUCUAUCAAUUGAACAUUCAUUUCUAAUCAAUUUCUUUAAUAUCCAAGGUUAUUGAAAUGAUGGGAAUAUACUCAAAAUGAUUCGAAAUUGACACUUCAGAAAAAUAAGAUAUUGAUUAGGAGACUGAUCUCUCAGCAAAUAUUAUUAUAUUUGGUGUAAUGUUUUUUACCACAAUAUUUUGUUGAUUCAGAUAGAUAUUCAUCUGGAUUUGUUUUGUUGAUAAUUAUUUGGAAAAUUAUAAAAAAUAUUCAAUGACAACCUAAUGGAGAUUUUUGAGAUUGGUUGGAAGAUUGAAUGUAAAUAUUGGAAUUGUGACCUCUCACCUAUGUUCUGGAGUGUGUAUAUUUAUUUUUCAAAACUUCAAAGUAACAAUUUGGCAGGAAAUAUGUUUGAUAGUUUGGACAUGAGGAUUUGUAUAUACACUGAUUUUUUUUUUUCGAAUUUGUAUGAAAUUUAAAGAUAUAUUUCAGGUCAACUUUAAGGUAGCUUAUUUGCCUCGAUCAUUAAAUUAAGAGAGAAAACGUUGGUGUAAGCAAACAGUCACUUAAUAUUAUGCUUACAGAGAAGUAGAAUUAAGUUAUAUUUAUCAAUGUUGAGACAUUCUUGGUGUUCACUUUUUUACAGGUGAAUCUACAGCAUUCAUUUUCAUCUUCACUUAUAGCAUAAGUACAAUAGAACUUUUUU